AUGUCAACAAGCAGGCAAGUGGUGGUUGUCGACAACGGCGGGGGUUUAAUCAAAGCAGGGUUCGGCGGCGAACGCGAGCCAUCCGCCAUUGUCCCGAACUGUCUCCACAAACCCGUGGCCUCCAAAAAAUGGGUCCACCCAAAUCCCCUAAACACCCCCGGCUCCGCCGAAGAGGACCUGACCUCGGCCUCAGUCCGGCGACCCAUGGAUCGUGGGUACCUCAUAAACCCCGACCUCCAACGCGAAAUCUGGUCCCACCUCUUCACCUCCAUCCUCCGCAUAAACCCUUCCGAAUCCUCUCUCCUCCUCACCGAACCCCUCUUCUCCCUCCCUUCCAUCCAACACUCCCUCGACGAACUCGUCUUCGAAGAUUUCAACUUCACCUCCCUCUACGUCGCUGAUUCCCCUUCCCUCGUUCAUCUCUACGAAACUAGCCGUAGCCCCACUGGACUCCUCUCCAAAGCUCAAUGCAGUCUCGUCGUCGAUUGUGGUUUCUCCUUCACCCACGCUUCACCUGUCUUUCAGAACUUGACUCUUAACUACGCUGUCAAGAGAAUCGAUUUAGGUGGGAAAGCCCUAACCAACUACCUCAAGGAACUUAUUUCCUUUCGCUCUGUUAAUGUCAUGGAUGAAACUUUCAUCAUUGACCAUGUUAAGGAGAAUCUCUGCUUUGUUUCCCUCGAUCUUCCCACACACCUUAACAUUGCUACUAAGACUGGAAAUCACAAUCUUUUCAGGUCUACUUAUGUGCUUCCUGAUGGUGUCACGCACACUAAAGGCUUUGUUAAAUAUCCACCACAACCAAACACCUAUCUUCCUGAGGCUAAGGAUCAAAUUCUUCCACAACAACAUCACAACAAUACACACAAACUUGACUUGACAAAAAAUGAAUUUGACUUGACCAAUGAACGCUUUCUUGUCCCCGAGAUGAUUUUCCGUCCAGCUGAUUUGGGAAUGAACCAGGCUGGGCUACCAGAUUGUAUUGUACGAGCAGUAAAUGCUUGUCAUCCGCACCUCCACCCCGUACUCUAUGAAAGCAUCAUUUUAACUGGUGGAAGCACCUUGUUUCCUCAUUUUGCUGAGAGACUGGAGAAGGAGCUUCGGCCUCUAGUUCCUGAUGACUAUGAUGUGAGGAUAACUACACAAGAAGAUCCCCUAUUAGGUGUUUGGCGUGGAGGGUCUCUCCUGGCAUCGAGUCCAGAUUUUGAUUCAAUGUGCGUGACUAAGGCUGAGUAUGAGGAGCUUGGAUCUGCUAGAUGUCGCAAGAGAUUUUUUCAUUGA